AUGAGCAAACAAACAUCUUCAAAUUUCCUAGCCAAAUCAAUAUCACAACAACAAACAGAUGAAGUGGAAAUCUCGACAAAUAAUCUGCCUCAUUUCGACUUUGUCGUCCCAGCGUACAGCAAGAAUCGACGGUUAUCGUCAAUCACGUCGACUGUUUUGCCUGAGACACUCAUGAAUACGAUUUCGGCAAACGUUAGUUUCUCCAGCACUGAACAAAAUCCACCAUCACCAGAAACUGAAAACAGUAGAAAGAAAGGUAGAAAAGUGACUUGUUCAUUUGUCAAACGCUCGUUUUUCUACUAUCAAUUAGAAGAUGAAAAUCGAUACUCAUUGGAACAAAUGAUCUCCUAUCGUCAUGGGCAACACGUUGAGGAUAAAGCGUUAUCUCGUCGAGUUCGGCGAUUCUACGCGAGACAGGAUGAAAUGAUCGAUCAGUUAUCAACAAUUCAUGAACGGCACACGUCUGGUUCGUCGCAUGAUGAACGCGCAGAAAAACACAAACGAUGGACGAUUAUAUUGAUCAAAACUACACUGAUUUCUAACAUCAUUCUCGUUUUAGGAAAGAUCUUUUCAGCGAUUAUAUCCAAAUCUCUUUCAAUUGCUUCGUCUGCUAUUGAUAGUGCUAUUGACUUAAUGUUAAACUUUGCUAUUUGGUGGGCAAAUAGAGCUAUCAGACAACGAAAUCCAUAUCUCUAUCCACAAGGACGAACACGACUUGAACCGAUUAUUAUCAUCAUACUAAGUGUGGUUAUGUGUGCAGCUAGUUUUCAAGUGAUUUUUGAAGGCGUUCGUUCCGUUAUCGAAGAUGUGAACUAUUUUCGGAAUGUUAGCGGUUAUGCUUAUGAGAAACCACCGGUUGAUAUCAAUCCUGCUGCAAUUUCAAUCAUGUGUAUCACCAUUGUUAUCAAAAUUGUACUGGCAGUUUUAUGCUAUCGAAUUUCUACACCGACGAUGUCCGCUCUAGCUGCUGAUCAUCGGAACGAUGUAGUUGCAACAGUCGUCGCCUUGGUUUUUGGCAUUAUUGGAUCCAAAGCAAUCGAUGGAGAAAUUAAACCGAGAGAACUAUCAGUUAUUGAUCCAGUUGGUGCAAUUGUGAUCAGUUUAUACAUUAUCAUCUGUUGGAUUCCUCAAGUUCGUCUUCAUAUUCGGAAUUUGACUGGUUACACGGCACCUAGUCAUUUUCUUCAGCAAUUAACUUGGCUUGCUUUUCAUCAUUCGCCUUUAGUACGUAAAAUCGAUGCUGUCCGCGCCUAUCAUUUUGGUACGCAUUUUUUGGUCGAAGUUGAUGUCCUUCUUCCAAAUGAUUUGCAAUUGAGUGAUGCAGUUCAUGUUGGCAUUGAUCUCGAACAAAAGAUCGAAGCAUUACCCGAAGUAGAACGUGCUUUUGUUCAUCUAAACUGUGAACAUCCGGAUACGAAUACGAACACGAGUACCAUUCCGCUCGAGCAAGAACAAUCCGCAGCAGUUGCGGCUAUUAAUCGACGACAACAUAAGGUUGUCUGA